AUGUGGGUCUCCAGCGAGACCCAUGAGGAGUAUUGUAAAGGUGGCGCUUCUCGGGAGACUCUCGAGAUUGCCUUGCUCGAGACGCUGAGGGCUUUGGGGCCUGGGGAUGACAAGCCGGAUCGCGUUCGGGCCGGCUUCCUUACCAAAGUCAUCCAUGUCAAAGAGCGCAUGCUUGCGCGGGAAGAAGAGAUCACAGGAGAAUGGUUGACCGAAGAGCGAAUGAAAAACAAGCACGGUUGGGGGAAGUAUCUUGUCUUCUGUUAA